UGAAAAUAAAAAGACGGCUGCCAAAAGUCAUCCAUUACCAUUCGCAAAAAUAAAAUUCUGCGUCCAUUUUUCGUCUAAUAAAUUUAUUCGAUAUUUUUUACCGAAUAUUUGUCUAAAUUUAGGCAAAAAUAUACAUUUUUAGAUUUUUUUGAUUAUUUUCUACACUUAAAACCUAAAAAUGGAAGUAGACGAAGAAGAAUUCGAAGUUCCUUCAUCAAGCAGCAAAGGCGAGAAGAAACGAUUCGAAGUCAAAAAAUGGAACGCUGUAGCUCUCUGGGCAUGGGAUAUUGUCGUUGACAAUUGUGCCAUCUGUCGAAACCACAUCAUGGAUCUAUGCAUUGAGUGUCAGGCUAAUCAGGCAUCAGCUACAAGCGAGGAAUGCACCGUAGCCUGGGGAGUUUGUAAUCAUGCUUUCCAUUUCCAUUGUAUAUCGAGGUGGCUGAAGACCCGACAGGUAUGCCCAUUGGAUAAUAGAGAAUGGGAUUUCCAGAAAUAUGGUCAUUAGGAUGAGACUACGCAGUCAC